ACGUGAAAGCGCACCUUAAACGGCAUCGGUUUGGGCGAGAGCACGACGAAGAUAGGCACAAGAAUGUCAUUAUUUUAACUCAUAUUAACCCCAUAGUUAGUUUUAUACAAGAUGUUUGCGCGUAAUACUGAGUAAUGAGCGAGCGGAGGCUCUCAGGAGACCGUUAAUGUUUGUCCUCGUCUAAAGUUGAUCACUGAAGUUGAAAGUAAGGUUAGUUUAGCUAGCAUCUCUCUCUGCUCGGCUCAAUCCUGAGGAAAAUAUGGUGUCCUGGAUUAUAUCAAGAUCUGUCGUGCUGGUUUUUGGAAACCUGUACCCAGCGUACUGCUCUUACAAAGCAGUGAAAACCAAAAACGUCAAAGAAUACGUGCGAUGGAUGAUGUACUGGAUUGUUUUCGCCUUGUUUACAGUAGUGGAGACCGUCACAGAUCUAACCAUAGCCUGGUUUCCCCUCUAUUACGAGAUCAAGGUUGCGUUUGUGAUCUGGCUUCUGUCUCCCUACACAAGAGGAGCUAGUGUCAUCUACAGAAAAGCUCUUCAUCCUCUGCUGUCCUCCAAAGAAAGGGAAAUCGACGACUACAUUGUCCAGGCGAAAGAGCGAAGCUAUGAGACCAUGGUGAACUUUGGCAAGCAGGGCCUGACCAUCGCUGCAACUGCUGCUGUGUCUGCUGCUGUCAAGGGUCAAGGUGCCAUCACAGAGAAGCUUAGGAGCUUCAGCAUGCACGACCUUACCCAGAUCCCUCAUGACGACGCGUAUUCAUCAUACAGCUCCAACCCAGCCAGAAGAGCCAUCAUGGACCAGCCCGACGGAGCUGAGUAUUAUCAUGGUGAUGACGAUGACAGGAGUGAUGACGAGGGUAAACCUGUGUACUCUGAAGAUGAAGCCGUGUCUCAUCAUGGGCUCAGACGAUCUCAGAGCGUCAAAAUCACCCGCUCAAAACUGCGCAGAGAUGCACGCUAUGGAUCUCUGAAGAUCAAAGGGAAGAAAAGACCAGCACUCAAUGCCAUGACUUACUCCAGCGUGGAUAACUGAGCUGACUACUGAUGUGUGGGAAGAUGUGUCCACUUUAUCAGACAACCAGUGUGUUCAUAUUCUUCUCUUUCCAUAAGGGUUGUGGACUUUUUUUUUUUUUUUUUACUUUUUCAUGGAUAUACCAGCGGAUCUAUUUAUUACUUCUACCAGCAAGUGUGUACAUACAGUGAGUAUCAUGAGUUAGAGUAGUAUAUGAAACGUAUGGGGUUUGACUGAUGGGUGUAUUUGUAACGGGUGGCUUUAUUGGUCUGAAUUUGACAUUCAGAUGUCUUUAGCUCCAGUAUUUGUAUUUAGACAUGUCCUCUGUGGAUGGGGGUUUUAUAUUUCUGUUUUCAUACUUUUGCUGCCUUUUAGAUGAUGUUUUGAGUAGUUUUUACAAUUGUAGGUUAGGUAAAAAUUCAGAUUCUUAAAAACUUGUAAGUGAUUUGCCAGCAUCAGACCAAAAGUUUCUCUUAUCAGUAAUAGAGAAAAUACCAAAGAGAACAAAAGGCAGUAUUGCGUUAAUGUUUUUAAUACAAUUUUCAAAUGUUAAAAAAAAAGUCAUCUGUUGUUUUCUUUAUUAUUGAUGUUACGUUGGAUUAAAGAAAACCCCUUUUGCACAUUCUUUAAAUCCUCGAUUGAAAUCCUUCACUUCUGGUCUUCAUGCAGAAUGUUCUUUAACUGGGAGAAAGGCCACACUAAUCUCUGUUGUGUGUGCAGGUAAUUCUGUUCUAUCGUGUGGCUGUGUCAUUCAAAAUGAAUGCAAUAAUAUGAAUAAAGCCAGAAUAUUGUAAUGCA